AUGGCGCCCACGAAGGAGACAUACAUUUAUCUUUGUAAUUGCGACAAUUUAUGUGAUUUAAACGAGGUGGAAGAGCUUUUGAAAGCUGUCGAAAAGAAGCUUGUAGUGAAAACUUCUUUUAAGAUCGUAAAAGGCUACUUCAGCGGCGGACAAAUCUCGGAUAUGGUCAACGAAACUAUCCCCAACUUGAAGAUGGAUUAUGCAGUGUUUGUUGUGCAUGCCGGUGAAUGCUGCCUCUCUUUCAGCGAAGACAGUGGUCAUGGAAAGAUUUAUGAGGCUCUCAAGAAGCGAACAGGCUCUGAUGAAAAAGUAUUGAUUGUCAUAGGAGGGGAUGACAAUUACAGCGACGAUGACGAAGAAAACCGUUCUAUGCUUUCUCGUCGGGCCAGGAACACAGCAUUAUCCCGCCAACUUCGUCCACAAUUCAUUGAUGGUAGAAAAAGCUUUAUAUUUUCGUGGAACAGGAAACACAGAGCUAUUCACGAAGAAGCACUAAUACAUUACUUUGAUUCCACCAAAAAGGGACAGAAGUUUACGAGUCAAUUGGUGGCAGAGCCCGUUAGAAUUGAACCCAGACCUGAAGAAACCUGGAUAACAUCCCCAGUAGCCACACAGAGUCAGUCGCCUGAGAUCUCUCAACAAGUACCUUCUGAUACCGAAAACUCUCUUGAUGAACAACAGACAGAGGAGAAAAUUGAAGAAGAGAAUGAACCAUGUGUUCUUCCAGUUUCCGAUUCACACUUCAGCACCGAUCACGAACAAUCUGGAUUUUUACUGCUCGAAACACGCAUGCGUUAUGGAAAAAUUUCGUUUGAAAGCAAGGACGUGGUGACCCGGGUAGAAAGCUGGCAACCAUCUGAAGAAGAUGCAAAAGAUUUGGAACAAAAAUGGAAGUCAACACCAUUUGCCAAAUUGAAGGUGUUUGGCAACAAAAGUGGAGAAAUUCACAAUGUCGUUGUCACACCAAAGAAGGCAUGGUGUUCAAUUUCGUAGGGAGAUUAGAAAUUAGUAGAAACAGGAGUUCUCAUAAAACAAAACUGAGGUGAACACAACUUCCCUUCGUUAAUUGUACCCCCUUUGUUCUGAGGAUAGGCCAGCGAUGUUUCCGACUGUCACCUUUACAAAUCUGUGCAUCGUUAUGUGAAUUCCAAAGGAAAUUCUAGAGGUAGCUCUUUUCCUAUUUCAAUCAUCAACAUUAACUGUAACGUUAGCAUGUACAUCCUCCAAGAAUGCGUUGGUCUUAGCCUGGGCUAUGUUCGACUUGUACUUGUGCUACAAAGCACUCCCAUUUUUAAAUAUUAUUUGACUAGUAAUAAGCACAGGUUAGGAAGUGCGGAUGAUAUCGAUCCCUGGAGUUGUUAUGUAAAUAAAAGUUUUAUUUCCCCAAGGUAUAGUCAGCAGUUCAACCAAAAAACUUGACAAAAAUGCGAUGUGGCUUUGCCAUGACUGAGAGACUGAUUGCCCCUAAUCGUCUAGUCAUCA